AAAAUGCUUGGGCCGGCCCUGAUACUAGGACAAAAGUAUUACAUGACUCAAAAAAUUUAAAACCUCGUAACAAACAGGGUAAUCAUUGAGAUUACCUUUCCUCUCCUCACAUUAACCCAUUCCAAACAACACCUAGAGUAAUCACAUUACAACUCGCCAAUAAAAGAAUAAAAAGGGUACUGACCAGUAAUGACAGUUAGUCAACAUCUUAUACAAAGAAAUAUUGAAGAAGAUGGGUUUAAAAAUAUGGAAUUAAAACCUUGUACUGUGAGUCAUAUUUAUGUAAAGGGAAAUUUACACCCACUACUGAUUUUUCCCAUUUUAUUACAUUUAUACUGUGCCACGCUGGAAACAACAUUUAUACUGUUUUUUUUUUGGCAGUUUAUUGCCUUGAAACUUUAGCCGUGUAAGGGAUUUAUCAUUGCCACUUGUCACGAUAGGGUUUUGCCACGUUUAUUUUUUUUUUAAAAAAAAUAUUUUUAAUUGUUUGAUUUGACGGUUAUGUGUUCUGAUCAAAAAGUAUUGUAUUUAUGUAUUUUUCUUUUAUUUUUUUUUUAUUAUUUUCGAAUCUAAAUUUUGUAAUUGGUAAUCUCUCUCACCUCAACUGUUCAUCUUCUUCCCCAUUUUCAGUUUUGUUAUACGGUUGUAGUAGUGGGUGGUUUUUUCAUUUUAAAAAAUUUCAAAUCCCAUACCACUAUCUUAAACUUCCCUCUCAUUUUCCCUCCCAUUUUUAUUAUUUUUGUCUAUAAAUACCUUCAUAGUUCUUGAUAAUGGCCGUUACUCGUUCAUCACCAUCUCCGGCCAAAGUUACAAAACCCACAAAACAAUCGCAGAAAACCAGACCCAAAUCAAAAAUGGGUAAAAAAAAUCUGAAAGAGAACCCUCCUAGCCCCACUUCCCCUUCUGUUAAAAGAAAAACCAUUGCUGGACCUUCGAAGAACACUCGAGGAAAAAGACCUCGAACUGUUGUUGAAAAUUCAGACUCAGAUUUUGAGUUGGAUUCUGAAUUUCUUAAGUCGCUUGUUUCUGUUAAGGUAUUUUACUAUUUAUCUGUUGUUGUUUUUCAGGUUUUUUAUUUUUUUUGUUAAAUUCAAUUUUUGAAGUUCAUAUAUCUGGGUAUUUGUUUGUUUUUGUUUAUGUAUUUGUAAUUGUUUUAUAUAUCUUGUUUGCUUUAUUUAUGUGUUUUUGUUAAUUUUUUAUUUGUUGUUUUGUUGGUGUUGUUUUGUUUUAUUUUAGGGUAAGGGUAAAUCCCCUGUAAAGGUGUUGCCAUCAUCAGGUGUUUCUGAAGAAAUUCCUGUUAAUAGGAUUGUUGAGGUUUGUCAUGUUAUGCAUUCUGUUCCAUGUUUUUUUAUUGUUUUUUUGUUGUUGUUAUUUUCGUAGUGUUUUAUGGUGUUUUAUCAGUGUUUUUAUUGUUCUGUUUUUUAGGAUUGGGAAUGCAAGUACACCCGAUCUCAAUUCUAUCAUUCUAGAGUAGUAACAUCUGGGUAUUACUCUGUACUUGGUGACAUUAAGAGAAUUUUAACUGAAAGCCAAUUGGAAAUUUUUUCAAAAUCUGUGUUUGGUUAUUUUCUUCGAAUUCCUGAGUACAUAAUUCAUUACCAAUUGCUUCAUUGUUGCUGCUGAGGGAGGUUCAGCAGCCUAAUGGGUUGGAGUUUUGGGUUUGUGUCCAAGGGAAAUACCUUAGGUUUAGUAUCGAAGAGUUUGCGUUGGUCACGGGGUUAGAUUGUCAUGUUGAUUCUGAUUUUUAUCAGUUUAAGCAAGAUGAUAAUGAAUUGGUCAAACAUUGUUUUAAGGGGUACAAAAAAAUUACCAAGGGUGCUAUUCAGACUGCUUUUAUUGCUGACAAUCUUAAGGAUAACGACGAUCUUGCAGUCAAGUUGGCUGUAUUGUAUUUUGUGCAGUGUUAUUUGUUAGGUGGUCCCCUGGGUAAAGUUGUUUCGUCUGAGGAAAUAGAUGUUGUCGAUAGUGGUCGAUAUAAUGAAUUUGGGUGGGGCAAGCAUUGUUUUGAUAUCACUAUGCAUUCUUUGAAGGGUAAGAUAGAUUCUGGUUAUAAGAGGGUAGUUCGUAGUGACGAGGAUGGUGGGUAUUACAGGUUAUUGGGUUUUCCUUUGGCUAUUCAAUUCUGGUUUUUCGAGUGUUGCCCGUAUGUUAUUGGGAAACUGUCCUUGUACUCAAAUGUUGGCAUUCCAAGGAUUUUGAAUUGGCCUAAAUUACCCAAGGACAAGGAGGGUAUGGUGAAAAUGGAUGUCAUGAACACCCUCAUUUUCGAUCGGUCUUUGAAAGAGUUAAAAUUAAGAAACAUCACUCCAACUUCCGUUGAGAGAUUGAGUUUGAGCCUCACUGAUUUUUUCUCUGGUGAGACUACUCCCGAGGCUGUAAAAUUCAAAAUUAAAGGUGGUUCCAAGCCUGCUGGUCAACCUGGCUUGAUGGGUUCUUCUUCAUCAUCUGCUCAUGAGAAUGUCUCCCGAGUUGAGUUUGAGGAAUUUAAAAAGUGUUUAUCUGUUGUUGUCAGCCAGCAAGGGAUUCUUAUGAAAUCUGUUGCUGAGAUGAACAAGAAGCUGGACAUUCUUAUUGAGUCAUCCCAAGGUGGUCUUACUCACAAUGGAUCUCAGUCUGAAGAUGCUCUUCGUACUUCAGAAAAUGAGGAUGAUGAAGAUUCCACUUCGGAGGAAGACGAGGAUGAUAAAUUCGACGAUGACAAAGGAGAUGAUCAUCAUGACGAUGAAACUGAUGAUGAUGAUGAUGAUCUGGGUGGAGAUGGUGUUGGUGCUGGUCAGGAUGAGGCUCACACGGGCGAUGUUCGUAACGAUGAGGGUGUUGUUGUCCCCGAGGUUGUUUCGAGGGAUGAUGAUACCGGCAAGGUGGAUGAUGCCAAGAAUUCUGACCCUGUGGAACCUAUUGCAGAGAUCAAACAGCCUGAACAGUCUCAAGGUGGGGAGGACAACAUUGAUGUUGAUGCAACAAUUGCAUCUGCUGUUAAAGCUGUGGAGAAUUUGAUUGGUUCCUCAACUAAUGCCCCUGCUCCUGUUGAGACUUAUGAGAAGACUGAUCUAGAAAUGGUUGUUUUUCAAGAGACUCCUAUUUUACGUCCUCAAAAGAGGGAUCGGAAGAAAGGAGCUGUUUUGAAAUCCCCAUUCAUUGAGCUUGCUUCUGGUGCAUCUAAAUCAGGUUCAUCCUCAGUUUCUCCUGAUGAUUCUGUGUAUAAGGUCGUUAAAUAUGUGCGUGGUUUGUGCCCGUUGGACAACAAGAUUGGUGAACCUGUCGAUCCGCAAUUGGAAGCUGAGUUUGUCAAGUGGGUUGAUACAGGUCUUAGAAAGCAUAAAUCUAACACAACAACUAAUGUGUAUUGUAAGGGUAAGGACACAAUAUUUCCGCCAUUUCGUUUUGGUGUUGAGGACAUCAGCAACAAGAUGUGGUUUCACAACCUUGCCUACCCUAAUUGUUUCCUUACCAAUUCUCACAUUGACAUCAUUUUCUAUUAUCUUCGUAAGAAAAUAAUGUACUCAGCCGAGCCGAAAAUCAAAGUCACCACAACUGAUUGCCUGUUUUGUUCUAGCAUAACAACUUUGUAUGAGAAGUUUGUUGAGAAAAACAACGAUAUAUCGGUGUUGUCUCUUUCUCACAAUGUGGCCCAGUACAUUCAAGGUGGUAAGAUAUUAUGUGCCACUCCUUGGCAUUUGGUUGAUCAUGUUGUUAUGCCUAUCAAUGUAAAAUUACAGGAUCAUUGGAUUUGUGGUCGUCUUAACAUAGUUGACAGGCGCAUAUAUCUGUACAAUUCAUUGCGUUCUGGGAGGUAUAUGACAGCUGCCAAAGAGGCUUGCAAGCCUUUCUCUGUUAUUUUACCAUAUUACUUCUCUAUGUUAGACUUCAAAGGCCUUCGCAACGAAGCUAAGUUUAGCACUAUGGAACCUUUCCCUAUUGUUGCUGUUGAUGGUUUACCCGAGCAGGUCACAGCUGAUUGUGGUGUUUUUGUUGCAUCAUUUGCUGAGUAUUUCAUUGAUGGCAAACCCAUCCCAUCCUCUGAUUUUGAUGUGGAAAUUCACCGCGAUCGUUUGGCUGUGUUAUUUUAUCAAUAUGGGAUGAAGAAGCAAACUGAGAACAUUGAAAGUGAAUCCGAGGCCCCUCCCAGCCUUCCCAAGAAGUGAUUUGUUUUUUCAAUCAGACUGUCAUUGUUCUUAUAGUUUUUUAAUGUUGUUUUAAUAUUUUUUAUGUUGUUUUUCUUAAACAAACAUUGGUGUUAUGUUGUGUUUCCUUACGUUUUGUGUGGACAACAUGUAAUCUUUUUAUUUUUGUAUGUUUUUUCUUAUUAUUUUUAUGUACAAACAAGUUGGUAUGUUAAAGUUGUUUGUUUUUUCAUUUCA